CUGCCGUUACGCCACUCAGUAGGUUCCCACCGAGUGGUCUCUGCAGGAAACCGGCGCAGUCUCUCCUCUCUGGAGCAGCCUCCAGAUGUGACAGUACCAGCCAGCAUGCCCAGCACACCCAGGAGGGCUAGCCUGGCCUCUCUGAGCUCUAUGGGAGUAGAGAUUGAUGGGACGGGGUUAGAUCUGGGCAUCGGAGAGAGGAGGUUGUCCUUUGGGAAGAGUGGUUUGAGUCCGGGACAACGGGUGGGCAGCAUCACCUCUCUGAAUGGCAAAGAGGAGCUCAAAGACUACCACCAGCAUCAGAGAGAUGAGCGACUCAGGGAGCAGAAAGUGCAGAGAUUAGAAUGCCAGCGUCUAGAGACCAUCUUAAACCUGUGCACUGAGUUGGGACAGGUAACGAGAGAGCCAGCGGGAUCAGCUGUUUCUGACCUGCAGAAGAUCAAUAAGGAGCUGGAGAAGCUGCAGGUGUCGGACGAUGACUCAGUGUUCUCCGACUCUCCGAGCAGCACAGCUCAAGAGAGCUGCUUUGGAGCCAAAGCCAGAGACUUCCAACUCUCUGAGGAGCAGCAGGCCAGCCAGCGUCAGCAGAGCGGCUAUAGAGAGGCCAGAUCCCACUCACCUGCUAUCAGUCUCAACAGCAGUGCACCCUCGCCUUCUAUGCAUCACAGAGCCAAAGCUUUGGAGAGCGUGCAGCUGAAACAGGAAGUAACGCACAUAGAGGAAGAAAGAAUCCAAGUUUUGAAUAACAUAGAAGAGCUCGAGCAGAAGAUCAAAGACCUGGACAACCAGAUGGAGGAGUCUCUUCGAGAGAUGGAGGUGGAGUGUGCUCUGCUGGAAGGAGAACAAGAGUCGGAGAUGGCCCAGCUGCAGAGGGAUAAGGAGCUUCUGGAGCAGCUCAAGGGAAAAAUUCACAAUGUUGAGAAAAUGAACCACACUGAGAAGUCACAGGAGACUGAGGAGCAGUCAAAAAGUUUGGAGGACUUGGAGUUUCAGAAGCUGGAGAGAGAAAUUAAGCAGGACGAGGAAAAAGAGAAUCAGGGCCAAGAGCUGCUGCGAGAGAUCGCAGACUGUCAGCGCCUUACUGUCACCCGCAAGGAAAGACUCAUGACGCUCAAGAAACAGUCAUCUCAGAUUACUUUACAGGCUCAGCAGGAACGGGAGAAUUUCCAGAGAGAGAAGAACAAUUUGCUCGUCAUGCUUCAGAAGGAGAGAGAGAGAUUGGUGUCUUUGGAAGGAAAGUAUGCAGAGCUGUCUGAGGGGCAGACCUUCGCUAACAAUCCUGUGGCCUUCAAAGAGCACUUGCACACUCUGAAGGAAAGACGGAGAAGCAGCAAGGAAAAUUCAUCACAUCCAAAUGACAGUCAACCUCAUAAAAGGAGCCAGCAGCUGCUCACCACUUAUGGCAGAUCCCUCGGACGCACGCUUCCUCCAAAGCCUCACCUUCCUUUGUCCCAAAGCUCAAGCUGUGGCAGUGUCAUCCCACAAGGCUUCUGCUUCUCCCCUCGGGAGGUGAACCUUCGCCGCUUGCCCAAGACAGGCAACAGCCACGCACAUAUAAAUGAAGACAGGCAAAGACAGAGUGAUUUUUGCAACAGGUUGGUCUCUGAGCCCAACGUCUUCCUGGACUCUUUCUCUUACCCGGACAACAGCCAGACGUCAGACACCAUCAGCGUGGACAGCUCUGACAGCCUGGAAACCAGCUUCUCUGCCUGCUCCCCAGACAACAUCUCAAGUGCCAGUACCUCCAAUAUGGCAAAGAUUGAAGAGAUGGAGCGUUUGCUCCGCGAGGCCCAGGCCGAGAAGCUGAGACUCCUCGAGCAUCGAGUGCAGGAGCGGGAGAUGGAGAUACGCAGGCAGGCUCUGGAGGAGGAGAGGAGAAGAAGAGAGGAACUGGAGAAACGGCUGCAGGAGGAAACAAGCAGGAGACAGAAGCUUGUGGAGAGAGAGGUGAAGCUCAGAGAGAAGCAGAGAUCACAGUCCCGACUGUUGACAAGAUACCACCCAGUAAGAAAAGACGACUUUGAUCUUCACGGCCACAUUGAAGCAGCCGGACACAACCCAGACGCCUGCUUCCAUCUGGCCAUCACUGACAAAACCUGUCGCGGGUUCCUCGUCAAAAUGGGAGGAAAGAUCAAGACGUGGAAGAAGCGCUGGUUUGUCUUUGACCACAAUCGCAGGACACUCACUUACUAUGCAGACAAACACGAGACCAAGAUGAAAGGCGUCAUUUACUUCCAAGCCAUAGAGGAGGUGUACUAUGACCAUUUAAAGAAUGCACACAAAAGCCCCAACCCCUCGCUGACCUUCAGUGUGAAGACCCACGAUCGGGUGUACUACAUGGUGGCUCCGUCCCCUGAAGCCAUGCGUAUCUGGAUGGAUGUUAUUGUAACCGGUGCUGAAGGACACAUGCACUUCAUGGUCUAACAGAGCUACAAUUAUUGUUUGCUAGGUUACCUAAAAAAAAUAUAAGCUUCAGUUUACACUUGAAGUUGUCUACAAAUGAGCUUGAGCAUAACUUCUGCUCAAAUACAGACUUUGUAAUGUAAUCUUGUAUAAGUAGAUCAAAAGAAGUGGCAUGAUAGUUUCAUAAUCAAGCUGUUUACUUCUUUCAGCACUUAAAACUGUAGCUGUUGCAUUUUCCAGUUUUUCUUUCCGCAGUACGCUCUUCCUGUUUAAUCAGCUACCCUUCUAAACUGCGGUACACCCUAAUGCUGCUUCACUACAGAUGUAUGGCUGUCCAACAGCUUCCUGUAAACUGUGGCCACCUCUUGCUUUCUUCCACCUGCAGUCUGGUUGCACUCGCCUUUAGGCAGACUGAAAUUUUUUUCCUCUGAUGUAUUACUUCGAUAUCGUCACUAAUAUUCAAUUAUUAGCAUACUGCAUUUUAAAGUCAGUCACUUUGAAUGCUGCUGCCAGCGUAAGCUCACUUAUGCUUACGUGUGGGUCACUUCCAUUUAAACGAACAAACCAUUUUUCUUCACACAUGCAAAUUAAAUUUGUGAAGGAUUAUCGUACGCACUUUGUGACUUUAUUGUUUUAAGUUAUUAGCAAUUUUAGGCAAAUAUUUGACUCCUAGAGGCAGAAAAUGACCACAGUGCAGUUAGAUUCCUCUGUCUGUAGCUGUGGCUGCAGGCCUGACGUGAAUGAAGCCAUGUCGUGCAGCGGUGAUGCUGUAUGUGCUGCAUCACCCACGUUCCUCACACCUUUCAUAUCUGCAUUUUCACCAGCAGAGGUCCUCAGCGAGCCCUCAGACUGGAAUGACGUAAUCUGCUCUGGCCAAAGUCACUUAGUAUAUAUGAGUAAUUAUUGAAAGCUUUAAUAAUCUACAUGUUCAAUCUAAUCUGUUUACUUGUAAAGCCUAGUUUAUCGUGCUAAAACAAAUGACAGAUUUUUUUAAUGUGUUUAAUAUUUGACGUAUUCUCUGGCUGUGUUUGAUAAUCAAAGAUCACUGUCACACCAGGUGACGAGCUGUCGGGUUACAGACUGCAGGGCUCACUGUAGAGUGCAGAUCAGGCUGCAGAGCUGACAGUGUUGCAGGUGAAGUUGUUGCUUUUUUGGUUGAUGUCUCUCUGUGACCAGAGGCGUUUGCCAGGUAAACAUCUCAUCCUUGUGCUGUUGUGCACUGUGUGAAACAUAAGCCUUGAAACCCCCGAAAUUACUGCAUUUAUAUAUACAUAUAUAUAUUUUUAUGAAUACACUUCAUAUUUUAUAUUUUGUUUAUAAACAGUAACUCUAUGCUACAGAUUUUUAUACUCAACGUGUGUGAUAAAUAAAUAAUUCUGAUCAUGA